CUCGCGUCAAUUACGUUAGAUUAGCAACUUUUUUUUUUUCAAACCCUAAUUCUUUUUUCAAGCGGCCAAAGGAGCUAUAGUAUACUAAGUAAUGGCAAGCAAAGGCGAAGGUCCGGCGAUCGGAAUUGAUCUCGGGACGACCUAUUCGUGCGUCGGUGUGUGGCAGCACGACCGAGUGGAGAUCAUCGCCAAUGAUCAGGGAAACAGGACGACCCCUUCUUAUGUUGGUUUCACCGACACUGAGCGUCUCAUCGGUGACGCCGCUAAGAAUCAGGUCGCCAUGAAUCCUAUCAACACUGUCUUCGAUGCUAAGCGUCUUAUUGGAAGGAGAUUCAGUGAUGCCUCUGUACAGAGUGACAUCAAGUUGUGGCCAUUUAAGGUUUUUGCUGGACCUGGUGACAAACCCAUGAUAAGUGUCAGUUACAAGGGCGAGGAAAAACAGUUUGCUGCCGAGGAAAUCUCAUCUAUGGUUCUCACCAAGAUGAAGGAGAUUGCUGAGGCUUACCUUGGCUCCACAAUAAAAAAUGCCGUUGUUACUGUCCCAGCUUACUUCAAUGACUCACAGCGUCAGGCAACAAAAGAUGCAGGAGUUAUUUCUGGCCUGAAUGUUAUGCGUAUCAUUAAUGAGCCCACAGCAGCAGCCAUUGCUUAUGGGCUUGAUAAGAAAGCAACCAGUGUUGGCGAGAAGAAUGUGCUGAUUUUUGAUUUGGGUGGAGGUACCUUUGAUGUUUCUCUUUUGACCAUAGAGGAAGGUAUCUUUGAGGUCAAGGCCACUGCUGGUGACACACAUUUGGGAGGUGAAGAUUUUGAUAACAGGAUGGUGAACCACUUCGUGCAGGAGUUCAAGAGGAAGAACAAGAAGGACAUAAGUGGAAACCCUAGAGCUUUGAGGCGAUUGAGAACUGCUUGUGAAAGGGCAAAGAGGACUCUGUCUUCCACUGCUCAGACUACAAUUGAAAUUGAUUCUCUCUUCGAGGGUAUUGACUUUUACUCCACAAUCACCCGAGCUAGAUUUGAGGAGUUGAAUAUGGAUCUUUUCAGAAAGUGUAUGGAGCCAGUUGAAAAAUGUUUGAGGGAUGCUAAGAUGGAUAAAAGCACUGUGCAUGAUGUUGUGCUUGUUGGUGGGUCAACCCGUAUCCCCAAGGUGCAGCAGUUGUUGCAGGACUUCUUCAAUGGGAAGGAGUUGUGCAAGAGCAUCAACCCUGAUGAGGCUGUCGCCUAUGGUGCUGCUGUACAAGCUGCCAUUCUCAGUGGUGAGGGUGACAAGAAAGUUCAGGACUUGUUGCUAUUGGAUGUCACCCCUCUCUCCCUUGGUCUGGAAACUGCCGGAGGUGUCAUGACUGUUUUGAUCCCGAGAAACACAACUGUCCCCACCAAGAAAGAGCAAGUUUUCUCCACAUACUCGGAUAACCAGCCUGGUGUGUUGAUUCAGGUUUAUGAAGGUGAAAGAACUAGAACCCGGGACAACAAUUUGUUGGGCAAAUUUGAGUUGUCUGGUAUCCCGCCUGCACCCAGGGGUGUCCCUCAGAUCACUGUCUGCUUUGACAUUGACGCCAAUGGUAUCCUAAAUGUGUCAGCUGAGGACAAGACAACCGGGCAGAAGAACAAGAUUACGAUCAGCAACGACAAGGGAAGGUUAACAAAGGAUGAAAUUGAAAAGAUGGUUCAGGACGCUGAGAAAUACAAGGCUGAGGAUGAGGAACACAAAAAGAAGGUUGAAGCCAAGAAUUCCCUGGAAAACUAUGCUUACAACAUGAGGAAUACUGUGAAGGAUGAAAAGAUUGGCUCCAAGCUCAGUGCAGCUGACAAGAAGAAGAUCGAGGACUCCAUCGAUGCUGCCAUCUCAUGGCUUGACAGCAACCAGCUUGCUGAGGCCGAUGAGUUUGAAGACAAGAUGAAGGAGCUUGAGGAGAUUUGCAACCCAAUCAUUGCCCAGAUGUACCAAGGUGCUGGUAGUCAUAUGGGGGGUGGUGCUCCCAUGGAUGAUGAUGUUCCUUCGGCCCAUGGAAGUGCAGCUGGCCCCAAAAUUGAGGAAGUCGACUAAGAAGUGAUUGAAAUCCUUUUCUUGUCCUAGUAUUUCUUUAUUUUAUUUUUUUCAGUACUUGAUGGCUGCCAUGUGCGGCCAUAAAAUAUUUUGUUAUUUGCAUUUGCUGGGUUAUGCCAGCAGUUUUUGAACCUUGAAUAUUUUAUUG